AUGUACACUGCCGCCGUGGUAUGUCUUUCGUCUCAUUCUCGCGGCAGCACAAUCCGGGCAUUCGCUGAUCCUUACCAGAUAGUAGUGGGCGUUGGUGUAACUUACGCUGCGGUGCCGCUCUACCGGAUGUUCUGCGCAGCCACAGGGUUUGCUGGGACACCGAAGGUCGGGAUGGGCAAAUUUGAGGCGGAACGACUGGUACCUGUCGAGAAUGCAAGGCGCAUCAAGGUGCACUUCAAUGCGGAUACGUCGGACUCGCUGCCUUGGUCGUUCACUCCGUCGCAAAGGUUUGUGAGCGUUCUCCCGGGUGAGACUAGUCUCGCCUUCUACAAGGCAAAGAACAAAUCAAGUCAGGACAUCAUCGGCAUUGCUACCUAUAACGUAACACCGGACAGGAUUGCGCCCUACUUCGGCAAGGUAGAAUGCUUCUGUUUUGACGAACAAAAAUUGCUGGCGGGCGAGGAAGUGGACAUGCCUCUACUCUUCUUCAUUGACAAAGAUGUCCUUGAGGAUCCGACUUGCAGGAAUCUCGACGACGUGGUGUUGUCAUACACGUUCUUCCGUGCGAGGAGGAAUGCUCAUGGUCAUCUUGAGCCCGAUGCCCCUGAUGAUGUCGUACAGGCAUCCCAAGGAUUUGCUGGGUAUGAGAUGGCGCCGAGAGUUGAGGACAGGAAGCCCACAUCAGAGGACACCCCGAAGUCUUCAUAG